AUGGCCGGCGUCAUGACAGCUCUGCCCGGCGAGCGCAAACGAGUCUGCUACUUUUUCGACUCUGACAUCGCCAAUCAUCACUACGGCAGCGGUCAUCCCAUGAAGCCUCAUCGGAUAAAGAUGACGCACUCGCUCACCAUGAAUUAUGGACUCUACAAGCGCAUGGAGAUCUUUCGCGCCAAGCCGGCGACACGCAAAGAGAUGGCCCAGUUUCACACGGAUGAGUAUGUCGAGCUACUCGCAAGGAUAACGCCAGACAACAUGGAGGCCUAUGCACGCGAGCAAGCAAAGUUCAAUGUCGGCGAUGACUGCCCCGUGUUCGACGGUUUGUUUGAAUAUUGCUCCAUCUCCGCAGGCGGCUCUAUGGAGGGGGCUGCACGGCUCUCACGCGACAAAUGCGACAUUGCCAUCAAUUGGGCUGGCGGACUCCAUCACGCAAAGAAAGCAGAAGCGAGCGGGUUUUGCUAUAUCAACGACAUCGUGCUGGGCAUAUUAGAGCUCUUGCGGUAUCACUCGCGUGUACUUUAUGUCGACAUUGACGUACACCACGGCGACGGCGUCGAGGAAGCUUUCUAUACCACCGAUAGAGUCAUGACGUGCAGCUUCCACAAAUUCGGAGAAUUCUUUCCAGGCACGGGCGAGCUAAGGGAUAUCGGACACGGCAAAGGGAAGCACUACUCCGUGAAUUUCCCGUUACGGGACGGCAUUACAGACGAGAACUACCGCAGCGUCUUUGAGCCUGUCAUCUCGAAGAUAAUGGAGUUUUAUCGGCCGUCGGCCGUCGUACUUCAAUGCGGUUCCGACUCGCUUUCCGGAGACCGACUAGGCUCCUUCAAUCUGUCGAUGCGAGGUCAUGCUAAUUGCGUUUCCUUCAUCAAGAGCUUUGGCUUGCCUUUACUCCUCUUGGGCGGCGGCGGCUAUACCAUCCGCAACGUUAGCCGAGCAUGGGCAUACGAAACCGGGCUAGCAGCAGGCAUGGAACUCGGCUCUGAGAUACCGAUGAACGAAUACUACGAGUACUUUGGCCCAACCUACAGGCUAGAUGUGCCCGCGACAAAUAUGGAAGAUCUCAACACGCGAGAAUAUCUUGAGAAGAUCAAGGCGCAAGUGUUUGAGAACCUGAGGCACACAGCUCAUGCGCCCUCUGUGCAAAGUCAUUCAACGCCGACGAUGCCGAUAGACUUAGACGAUGAUGUCGACGAGGAUCUGGACGAUCCUGAAGAAAGGAAACCGCAACGGCUUAUGGACGCCAUGGUCGAAAAGGACAACGAAUUUGAGGAUUCUGAUGACGAGGGCCAAGGGGUAGGUCCGAGAAAGGACAGGCAGUCACAUGCGAACGGUGACAGCAACGGCAAGCCAUCCACCACGCCAGCACCAGUGCCUGCGACAGAGGCAGUCCCAAGCAUGCCAACGGAACAAGACGGGCCUGCAGAAGCACAAGCAGAUACAAGUGUGGCGAUGGCAGAUGCAUAA